GAAGCUGUUGGUAUGUUGAGCAGCUUGGGAGCCAGACGAGACAGAAGCAGAAGCCCCCCAGAAGGUUCUCCUCCAUCUAAAAUCCUUAUCCAGGCUAAACAAAGGCUGCAACAUCUGAGACAGUCAGACACCAGCCAGCCAAUGCAGCAGCAGCCAGACACAAAGUUAGUUUCUCAUCAGUAUCAUGAAACCUUUAUUCCAACGAUAGUGGUGCAGGAAUACAGAGAGGAAAAGAUGACCUCUCCUCCAAUGCCAUAUACCUAUGCGCAAGCUGUGAUGCAGACCAAGUCACUACCAGAAGUCCAAACUCAGGCCUUGUCAGAGACUGAUGCACAAAAACAACCGCAGAUUCAGGAGCAAGGGUGGAUACAGCAGCAACAGCUGAUGCAACAAGAACAACUUAACAUACAAAAGGAAAAAGAGCUACAACGGCAAGAACUCAAGCACCAGCAACUACAAGAAGUGCAACAGCAGAAGCUGAUGCAAACACAGCCACAACAACGGCAGCAGAAACAGGUGGAGCAACAGGUGGAGCAGCAGCAGAUAGAAGUACAUCAGUAUCAAGUUCAUCAGCAGGUGGUAACUCAUACACAGCUUGAAACACAAGUCAAACAGAUACAGGAGUCCCACGAGCAGACUUCGCGUCAGCAGCCAGCUGUAAAGAAGCCAUCUUUAAGCUCAAGUGAGCUUCAAAGCAAAAAGGCUCGGGCCAUGAAGAACCGGCCCUGGCUUCAGAAACCAGUUUCAGCAGAGCAUAAAACUCCUGCUUCAGCUUCAGAACAGGAUUCUGCUCAGGACCUAGUACAGACUACACAGACUCCAAAGUCAGACAGGGAAAUGGCAUCAGUUCAGGUUGUUCCUCAGCAUACAGGAACUCCCAGGCCUCAGCCUGAGGCAAAUGCCAAGACCACUAAGCAGCCAAAACAACAGAAAAAAGAGCCACAAAAACAAACACAACAACCUCAAAAUCUAGAUCAGCAACAGCAAGAACAACUUCAAGAUCAGCAGCAAUUACAAAAAGAGCAGCAUCUGCAACUGGAAAAACAGCACAAGCAACAAGAACAGUUGCUGCCACAAAAACAACCACAACAACCACUACAUAUUAUAAGACAAGCACAACCAGAUUCAGACACCAAAGCUAAAUCCCAGACUGUAACUGUGGCUCAGCCUCACCCACAAUCUAAGGCACAACUCCAAACUAUGGUUCAGUCUACAUCUCAGUCCCAAGUACAGUCAACAAUUGUGUCCCACAUUACCACAGACAGCCAGCAAGCAGUGAAGACCAUGUCACAAACCAGAGUGAGCCAAGGUCAGUCACAGACACAAGUCCUCCCACAGCCCCAUGGCCCUGUCAAGACACAGUUACUGACCCAGCCACAGACACAACCACAGCUACAGUCUCAGGGUCAGGCUCAGUCCCAAACAUGUGUCCCAGCUGAUCCUCAGCCAGGUAUGCACCCACAGGGUCAGCUGCAGGGUCUAGGCCAUGGUCCAGCUUUAGCUCAGGUGCAGACAUGGGCUCAAGUCAGGCCUUCUUCCCCAAUGCAGGCUCCACUACCGGGCCAAAUUCAGCCUCCCAUUCCAUCCCACAUUCAACUUCGUAGUCAUCCACAGUCAUGGGCCCCUGUCAGACCCCCCUCCCCUAAGCCCCCUAUACAGACUCAGCCUCAAACCCAUGUUCAAGCAAUCGCUGAUCCUCAAACCCAUGCUCAGUCAAUGGCCCUGGCUCAAACCCAUCCUCAGCCAAAAGCCCAUCCUCAAACCCAUGCUCAGUCAAUGGCCCUGGCUCAAACCCAUCCUCAGCCAAAAGCCCAGGCUCAAACCCAUGCUCAGUCAAUGGCCCAGGCUCAAACGCAUCCUCAGCCAAAGGCACAUCCUCAAACCCAUGCUCAGUCAAUUGCCCAGGCUCAAACCCAUCCUCAGCCAAAGGCCCAUCCUCAAACCCAUGCUCAGUCAACGGCCCAGGUUCAAACCCAUACCCAGCCUGUGGUCCAAGUCCAAACCCAUUCUCAGCCAAAGGCCCAGGCUCAAACCCACGUCCAAUCAAUGGCCCAGGUUCAAACUCAUACUCAGCCCAUGGUCCAGGCUGAAACCCAUGUCCAGUCAAUGGCCCAGGUUCAAACCCAUACCCAGACCAUGGUCAAAGUCCAAACCCAUCCUCAGCCAAAGGCCCAUCCUCAAACCCACGUCCAGUCAAUGGCCCAGGUUCAAAGUCAUACCCAGCCCAUGGUGCAUCCUCAAACCCAUGUCCAAUCAAUGGCCCAGGUUCAAAGUCAUACCCAGCCCAUGGUCCAGGCUCAAACCCAUGUCCAGUCAAUGGCCCAGGUUCAAACCCAUACCCAGCCCAUGGUCCAAGUCCAUACCCAUCCUCAGCCAAAGACCCAUCCUCAAACCCAUGUUCAAUCAAUGGCCCAGGUUCAAACUCAUACACAGCCCAUGGUCCAGGCUCAAACCCAUGUCCAGUCAAUGGCCCAGGUUCAAACUCAUACCCAGCCCAUGGUCCAUCCUCAAACCCACGUCCAGUCAGUGGCCCAGGUUCAAUCCCAUACCCAGCCCAUGGUCUAUCCUCAAACCCACGUCCAGUCAGUGGCCCAGGUUCAAACCCAUACCCAGCUGGUCCAGGCCCAAAGCCAUGGCCAGUCAAUGGCCCCAGUUAAAACCCAUCCUCAGCCAAAGGCUCAUCCUAAAACCCAUGGCCAGUCAAUGGCCCAGGUCCCAACUCAUCCUCAGCCAAAGGCCCAUCCUCAAACCCAUACUCAACCCAUGGUCCAGGCUCAAACCCAUGUUCAGCAAAUGACCUGGACAAGUCAGGCCCAACCUUUGACUCUACAUCAUACACAAGCUCAAUCUGUAGUCCUGGCUCAGGGUCAUUCUCCGCCUACUACUCAGUAUUCACAUACACAUGCUCAGGCACUGGUCCACCACCCUGGCCAUCCCUCCCAGGGCCAGUUACAGGCUUGGACUGAAGUCAGAACCUCAUCCCCAAUGUCUUUCCAGCAUCCACAAGCUACAGCACAACCCCAGCUUUAUCUUCAGGGUUACUCCCAGGUUCAGUCUCCAUCUCAGCAGUGGACACCCAAACAAGAGCGACAAAAUCAAUUCUAUCCCCAUCAGAGACAUCCCAUUCCUCAGCCAUAUCAUCAACAAACAGAUCAGGCUUCACAGUCUCAGGCCCCUCCAACAUUUCAGGCUCUACCACAGUGGGCCCAAACUGGGCCCCAGCAAGGACCUAACAUAGGGGCACCUGGGUAUUCUCACAUGGGACCAUCAUAUACUCAUCCUCAAAUGCAGCCACAAACACAAACCCAACCCUGGGGUCAAACACAACCCCAGAUGAGGCCCCAGAGUCCCAUGCAACAGCAGCCUCAGAUGAGAGCUUAUAAUGUUCAUAUCCAGACACAACAAGGCCAAGUGCAGCAGCAGACUUCUGUUCAAGCACCCCCGCAACUCCAGCCCCAGCCAUAUCCACAUCCUCAGUCUCAGCAAUAUCCACAGGUCCCACAUCAGCCCCAAACCCAUCAUCAUCCUCAGCCUCAGAUACAAACUCAAAAACCUCUUCAGUCACAACCACCACAUCAAACCCAUCCUCCGGUUCCUUCACAGCCCCAGCUACAAACUCAGUUGCAGGCCCAAACACACAUUCAGACACAGCUCUCGGGACAAGCAAAGACUCAGCAGCCUCAGCUUCAGUUCCAGGAACCCCCUCCACAUCCCAAGCAUCAGGCACAGAUCCAACCACAGCCAGAAAUUCAGUCAGCUGUUCAACCAAAAUGUGAAUCACCUUCAAAACCCAAACCUCAGGCCCAAUUACCACCACAACCAGAGGUUCAAUCACCAGCUCAAACCAAGGUUCAGUCACCAAUACAACCCAAGACUGGAUCACUGCCACAACCUGCAGCUGAGCCUCAGUUGCCACCACAACCAGUUGCUCAGUCACUAAUCAAACCUAAGGCUGGAUCACCUCCAAAACUGAAGCUGCAGGCCCAACCAGCACCACAACCUGAGGCUCAAUCAUCAACUCAAACCAAAGUUCAGUCACCAACCCAACCGAAGACUGGAUCACCUCCACAACCCAAGCCACAGGCCCAACCAGUACCACAACCUGAGGCUCAAUCAUCAACUCAAACAAAGGUUCAGUCACCAACCCAACCAAAGGCUGGACCACCCCCACAACCAAAGCCACAGACCCAGCCAGCACCACAACCUGAGGCUCAAUCACCAAUUCAAACCAAGGUUCAGUCACCAACCGAACCCAGGUCCCAAUCUCCGACACAACCCAAACCUCAGGUACAAUUGCCACCACAACCCCAACUUCAGGCUCAGUCACCACCGUUACCCAAGGCCCAAAUUACAACACAUUCCAAGGCUCAAUCACCCCAACAGGCCAGACUUCAGAUCCAACCACUUCCACAAUUGGGACCUCAAACCCAGUCUCCUCCACAACCCAAAACACAACAUCCCCAAAUCAUUCUCCUCUCUCAGGUCAACGUGCUGCCUCAGUCCCAGGCCGAGUCACCAGAUCUCUGCAUCAACCCUCCAGCCCUGGCUCAGGCGCCUCCCCAGGCCUACACAGAGGCUUACGCCAAGGCCCAGGCUUUGGCCAGGAACGGCUUUGAGGAGGCCAAGCACUGCCUGCAGGAACACAUCCUGGAAGCCAUCAAUGUCUUCAAAGACAAACGUAUAUCACCCGAGCAAGUAUCAGUGAAAGAGGAGACUCUAAAGACUCUGGAUCCAGAGUUGCUGGAGGAGUUCCUGAGAGCAGCCAAGGGCAUGGAAGCCUUUUGUACCCCCUCAGAGCUCAGAGACAUGGAGUUCUUCACCCAGUCUGUCAGGACACAGUGGGAGGUAAGACACAAACUCACUGUGGGAGUUGUUUUAAUGUGUGGGAUUUUUAAUUGCCAUGCUUGCUUCUCAGUGGAUGGCAGCUUUGCCCAGGCAGGGCAGCACCUCGAGGCCUUGAAAGAGCUGUGUGACACCCUGAGCCCAGAGGAUGCCCACCGCCUGGCCCAGACUCAGCUGAGGGAGUGUGAGAAAAGGCUGGCUGCCAUCCAGCACCAGUUCAGUGGAGACCAAGACACAAUGCUCCCUGAUUCUAGGAUUCCUGUUGCCUUCAGUGAGGAUCUGACCACAGAAAAGGAGUGUGACAAACCUCAAGUCUCAACUGAGGUGUCCCCGGUGACAGUGAAGACAGUGAGCGUGGAGAGGAGGGAGGUUGAAAAGCAAGCGUCUGUGGAGGAAGAAGUCACCAAAAAGGAGGCUUUAGACAAAUUUGAGAAUUGUAAGAGGACUCUGCAAGCCCAACUUUCUAAAAAUGAACAGAGCAUCAAGGAUAUCCCCUCAGACUCCGUCUCUCUUAAAGGCCUACAUACACGGUUGCAGGAAAUACAGUUCUUGAGGCAGGAGACUGAGUCUCUGUGGUCUGAGUAUGGAGUCAUGUGCUCCCAGUAUUCCCAGCUGAGUGGAAACACUGGUCUGGAGCAGGAGAAGUCGGAGCUGCAGGAGCAGUGGCGCAGCCAACAGUUUAACCUUCAGAGGAGAGGCAGCUCGCUGGGUGCUGCCCUCAGACAGAUUGACUCCACUGAGAACCACAUGGUGGACUUCACCGACCGUCUGGACCGUUACCUGAGACAACCCAAAGACAUCACUGCCUUCACACUGGCCAGUACCAACAUCCUGAAAGAUAUUAAGGAACUAGAUGAAAACAUUCAGAGUGAGCUGAACCAGCUGUCCCGUCUGGACCCUGAAUCCAGUGAUCUGGACCCCAGAGACUGCUUCCCUCUGACCCGUGAGGUCGAGACUCACAGAACCAGCCUAGAUCAGCUCCGACAGCAGGUCCGCAAGAGUGAAGCAGCCGCCCGUGCCCUCGACCGGUUUCUUAUGUCACUGCGGACUGUGGAUGAAGACAUCUCCGGUGUCCAAGGUGCCCCCUGCAGUGAUGCAACGGUACUGCAGGACUGUCGCUCCAAGCUGGCUCUGAUCAGGCAGAGCAUCGACAGUCUGAAAGAAAAGGCACCUCAGCUGGAUCUGCUCCUGCAGGGAGCCAGACUGACAGUCACAAGGGAAGGUGUCCCAGCCUCCUGCCUGGAUAUGGUAACUGCCCUGUUGAGAAGACUGGAGGAGGCUGAUAGUGGGUUGGCCAGCCAGCAGCAAGACCUCAAGAAGGAGACCCAGAGUAAAUCUCUGGGCCUGAGGAAGAGGACGCUGAUGGUGGAGCUGAGGAAGCUGCAGGAUACGAUUGAAAUGCAAGGCCUUAAGGAGCCAACCAUUCCUGCUGUGCAACACAGGCUCCGUGCUUUGUCAGAUUUGGAGGACCAGGUGCAAACCCAGCAUGCAGAGCUCCAGAGCAUCUCUGAACUUCAAGAGAAACAGGGAGGAGGGGAAAGCCUCCUGCAGGAGUUGGAGACUCAGUGGAAUGAGAUUCAGAAAGGUUUUUCUGACAGGAAAAAGCAGUGCAGCAUCCUGUUGGAGAAUCUGAAGAAGUUUCAGAGCUGCCGCAGUCACCUGAGCAACUCCAUGCAGAAAGCAGAGCAGACGAUCAGUGACCAGGCUUCCUACAUGGGCAAAGACAACCUGCAGAGAAGUAUAACCAAGGUCUGUGAUAUUAAGGAGGAGCUGAGUGGUCUUGGGGAGUGUAUGGAAGAGAUGAGAGGUGUUUGCAGACAGCUGCAGUCCCAACUGAAGAAGUUCCCAGACUGCAGUGAGUCUCCGUUUGAAGCAGAGGCUGACACUCUGAUGGACAACUGGCUGGAUGUGACUGAGAAGACAGACGCAUACAUGGACAACCUUAAGGUGGGACUGGAGUUGUGGGAGAAGCAGCUGAUGCUAGGAGGAGAGGUGGACAGCUGGGCAGGAGCCAAACUUGUGCUGUUUGCAGAGAGCCACCCAUUCAACAACGAGCAACAAGUACUCGCCAUGAGGGAUGAGAUCCAUGCUAAUGAGGAGAACAUUGAGCAUUUCCACAAGAAGUCUGUCGAGAUCCAGGAAAUGCUGCAGAGUCAGGAGGCACCACUAGAGCUACAGGUGAUGGAAACCCAGAUGAGGAGGAGGAUGGAGCAGGUGAAGGAGCUGUUUACCGACUGCACAGACGUCUUUGAGGAGCUGAUUGCUGUGAAGAAACACCUAGCUGAGAAGAUAGAGGAGUGCCAGUCAGCUGUAGAGAGCAUCCAGUGUUCUCUCAGUAAAGUUGAUGCUUCAGGACCAGAGGUUGAAGCCCAGAUACAGGAUCUGUGUGAUGAUCUUGAGACUCAGGAGGAACAGGCUGAGUCCGUGUUGAAGGAGGUGGGUUUGGUUUCCAGUGUGGCCAGUCCUCAGGUGCUGGAGGCGCUCUCUGUAGACUGCAGCAGGCUGAGAGAGGCCAUCUCCCGCACCAAAGACAUGAUUCACCUGAAGAGAGAGGAGAGGGAUCAGGGCCUGCUCGAAGUGGUCAAAAAUGAAAGGCAGUCAUUUGAGGCAUGGUUCCAGGACUUGCAGCUAUCUGUCAAUGAGUUCUUUGAGAACCCUGAGAGCAGAACAGAUGUGGAAUCAUCUCUGCAAAGGCUCACUAGUUUCUUAAAAUCCAAGGAUGGAGAGAGACGUCUGGACCAGCUGAAGGUUCAGCUGGAGAGAGGCAGCCAGCAGAUCCCUCCCCAGCAGCUCUCCGAGUUCACCGCCUGGCUGAAGGAGCAGCAGGAGGAGGUGGGCACGUUCAGAACUCAUUGCCACAACAGGCAGAAACAAAUGGAGUCCCUCCUCAGUGACUUGAACAGUCUACAAAAGCAGCAUGAUGGCUUCCGUGAGUGGCUGCAGAGCAAAGAGAAACAGUCUGUGGUGUCAGACAAAGUCAAACUCCUUCUCAAAGACCUUCAGGAUGAGAGUGGUAAAGCCGAGACCCUCAGUGAGCUGGUAGCAUCAAUACGCAGACAAGGGGUGAGAGCUGAAAGCCUCCUGAAAGACAGUGAUAACCUUAUACAGCGCUACAAAAACCUUGAGGCAAGGCUGCAGGAACAGGCAGAGGCCCAGAGUGCCCUGGAGGAGGAGUGCGACAGGUUUAAUACCCAGGCUGGGAGCACCAGGACCUGGAUCAGUGACCUUCUUCAACCCCUCACCUCCCCAGGCAGAGACAUACAGACGGAGGAGUUGAAAUGCAAAGCACAGGCCAUUCUGAGCUCCAAGCCUGAGGGAGACUCUAAGAUGAACGACCUGAUAAGACAAAGCCAGAGUCUGUGUGAACAGGAGGACCUCAACAAAAGCAGGAAACAAGAAAUCCAAGAGUCGGUCAGAGAAAUGGAGGAGCAGUGGAGGACAGCCCUGCAAACAGCUGAGGACUCUCUGAACAAGCUGGAAACACAAGCCUUGUUAGACCAAGACCUGGUCUCUUUCAAAACCCAGAAUGAAAAUAUCCAGUCCUGGAUCAGAGAGCAGGAACAGAACCUGCUGUCUGUUGGUGGUAACAUGCAAGUUGAAGAAACACUAAAGAUUGCACAAGCUACUCUGAGCUCCAAGCCUGAGGGAGAUUCGAAGCUCCACGAUCUGAAGCAACAGUGUCAGAGUCUGUGUGACAACCAGGCCUUGGACGAGAGCAGGAGACGAGAGCUUCAGGACGCAGUCAAACACAAAGAGGAGCAGUGGAGCAGAGUCUUGAAGGCUUCUGAGGAGGUUCUCAACAAGGCAGAGACUGAAGCUGCCUCUGAGAGGGACUUUGAUGCUUUCAAAACCCAAAGUGAAAGCAUUCAGUCUUGGAUCAAAGAGCACAAGCAGAAGCUGUUGUCCCUGAAUAGUCAAAUGCAGUUUGAAGAAAGAUUACAGAUUGCACAGGCUGUGUUGACUGCCAGACCUGAGGGUGAGUCCAAGGUGCUGGAUCUGAAGCAACAAGGCGAGAGUCUGUCUGAGCAGCUUGAGGAGAGCAGAAAACCCGAGGUUCAGCUGCUGGUUGAAGACACAGAGCAUCAGUGGAGAACAGUCCUGCAGGCUGCCAGGCAGGCAGAGCUCAGAAGUCUUUCAGAUGACUUUGACACUCAGAGUAAAAACACUCAGUCCUGGAUCAGAGACAGACAACAGAAGCUGCAGUCUUUGGGUAGUCACACACCACCUGAGAAAAGAUGUCACACUAUCGAGACCAUCUUGAGCUCCAGACCUGAUGGUGACUGUAAGGUGAACAACCUGAGGAGGCGAGGCCAGAGUCUGUGUGACCAUAAAGAUGCAGACGAGGGCAGGAGAGUGUAUGUUCAACAGACUGUCAGAGAGACAGAGGAGCAGUGGAGGACGGUCCUGCAGGCUGCUAAACAGAUCAAGGCUGCUGCAGAAGCACAGAUCGCUCAGGAGACUGAGAGGAAAAAGUUAGAGCUGAGGGAAUUUGAUACCUGUCAGCAGGACACUGGGCGCUGGCUUGUAGACCUUCAACAGCGACUGGGCUUACUGGGCAGCCAAACCAAAGCUGAGGACAGACUGCACACAGCACAGGACAUCAUGAGCUCCAAGCCUGAAGGAGACUCCAGGCUCCAGGAGCUGAGGAGACAAGGCCAGAGUUUGUGUGGUCAGGAUCUUGAGGAACACAAAAAGCAAGAGGUUGAACAAAAAGUUAGAGAUGCUGAGGAACAAUGGACUAGAGUCCUGCAGGAUGCUAAGCAGGCUGUGGAUAAGGCUGAGAAGCAGUGUGCUCUGGAGGGCCAGCUGAAGGACUAUGAGGCCCUGAGAGGAAACACCAGAGCCUGGCUGGAAGAGAAGCAGCAGAGCCUUGUCUCUGUGGACGGUCAGAAAGAUCCAGAAAAGAUAAUAAAUGUUGCACAGACGAUCCUGAGCUCCAAGCCUGAGGGAGACUCCAGGUUGACAGACCUGAGGAGACAAAGCAAGAGUCUGUCCGACCAGGAGGACCUGGAGGAGAACACGAGACAAGAGGCUCAGCAGACAGUAAAAGACUCAGAGGAGCAAUGGAGGACAGUCCUGCAGACUGCUGAGACCACUCUGAAGAAAGCUGAGGUCCAAUACUCACUCUCCAGGGAGAUGGAGGCCUUCUGUAACCAAGCAAGGAGCACUAAAACCUGGGUUAAAGAGCUGCAGGAGCAGGCUGAGUCCAAAGGGGAAGGCACUCAGGGUAGCAAGGCUGAAAUAGAAGACAGGCUGAACACAGCACAGGUCAUCCUAAGCUCCAAGUCCAAUGGUGAGGCUCAAGUGAUGGAACUGAAGAGUCGAGCAAAGAGACUUUGUGAGCAAAAAGACUUGGAGGGAGAAAAGAAGCUUGAGGUUCAGCAGAUGGUCGAAGACAUUGAGCAGCAGUGGAGGACGGUCCUGCAGGCUACUGAGGAGAAUCAGAGAGAGUUGAAGGGUGUUGUGGAGCGCCUGGAGUCCUGUCAGCGUAAGCGAGGCCAGGCUGAGGCCCGUCUGGCUGAGCUCCAGAAUCAGACGUCCAACCUGCCACGUGUCUUCCCCUGGCCGGGCCUGGGAGAGCGGAGGCAAGCAGUGGAACAGGCCCAGACCCUGCUGGACAUGAGCACAGCCCUGGCCCCUGUCCUCUCAGACCUCCGCACACAGGCUGCAGAGCUGUUUGAGAUCACACAGGACCAUGGCUGGACCGAUCCCUCCUGGGCAGCCAAGCAGGAGUCCAUUCCUGCUCUGCUGAGAGAGCUGACUGAUGCGGUGGCUAACUUGGAGCAGGGCAUCCUGACAGAGAGGCAGUGCACACAGCUGGUGGAGCAGCAUGAAGCAGCUCAGGAUUGGCUGAGGGAGCAGGUUAAAGGCCUGGGAGCUCCUCCAACAGACAGACAGGGUCUGCACAGCACUGUCAAUACUCUGAAGGCUUUGCUCCAGACAGUAGACAGGGAGCAGAGAGAGAUGAAGGAGCUAGACUCUGCCAGAGACAGUUUGCUGAGCCUUUGCACCCCUGGAGGUCAGGAUGCACUUACCCUGGAAGUCAGUCACCUCCACAACCUCUGUGCCACCUCGAAGCAUGAGGUAAGGGAGCGCCUGAUGGCCUGUGAGGCCCAGCUGGAAGAGCUGGAGAGUCAGUUGGCCAGGAGAGUCCAGGAUCUAAAGGAGAGAACGGCAGCCCUGCAGUGGGAGCUCCGCUCUCUGGACCAGGCGCUCAGUUACAGUGAACCACAGAACAACAUUGCUCAGCUCCAACAGCACUGGCACAGCCUUCAGACCUGUGAGAAGUCACUAGAAGAUUUGGGUGUGAGAGUUCACGAUCUCCACCAGGAAGUAAAGUCAACCCCUGCCACCAAUGAGCUGCCAGCAGAAAUUAUCAGUGUGGUUGAAUCUUUAUGCCAGCAACAUGACAGUCUAAAAUCCAGGCUGAAUGAGCGUCAGGGUACCUGCUCUACAAACACAGCUCGCUGUCUGACGGAUUGCCUUCAUGCCCUGCAGCAAUGGAACCACAACAAAACAUCAGAGUCAUUUUCUUCUGUACAGGUGACAUUAGAGGAAGGUGAAAAGCUGCAGAUGAGCCUGCGGGAGGCGCUUUCUCACCAGCAGUUUCUAACAGACUGCCUGAUGCCAGUUUUGUUUGAGAAGCUGGAGAAAGAGGGGUCACAGACACUCAGAGAAGCAGACACACAUAAAGGUUUUCUAAGCCAGAGCUUAAAGGUACUUGAGGAAAAGAGGAACAAAAAACCACAUGACAUUGACAGUCAAUCCUCUGAUGUCCUGUCCGUUAAUCUAGAGGAGACAACGACCUCUGUAGUGGCACCACCACGAAAAAAUAAGCACACAUCAGAGAAAAAACAUCAAGUGAAACUACAAAAAACCACUCCCUUAACAGAAAAAUCUGUUGAAGAUGAAUUGUCAGUUUCAGCUGAUUCAAUCAUAAAAACUGAAGCUGAAGCGUUAGUGUCAGCAGUCUUGGAACAUGCAAAAAGUACUGGUGAGGAGCAAACCACAAUUGAAACAACAAAAAAGAAAUCUCAGAGUCCAACCCAUACUUCAGAAUUUAUAACAAAACAAAGUUUCAACACCUCUGAAGAGGCACAAGUUAAAAGUGUAAAGCUAGAUGUCACAGGUGAGCAUGUUGAAGCUGAGCAAAUUAAACCUGCUGUUGUGGAACCUACACAGAUCCAAAAGGUCAUUGAAAAGUCUGCAACUGUCGUAAGUGAGGAAACUAAACCUGUACCAACCAGAAGAAAGUCCAAAGCUUCAACCACUGAUAGACUCACAGAGCAAGCUCAGACCACGACCAGGCCUGGACUUGGACAUACUAGUAAAGAGGCAAGGAGUCCAGAAGUGUCCUCAGAGAUUAGUGAUGCAAAACCUACACAGAUCAAGGAGGACUCUGAGAGUCUCCUAACUUCAGAGCCUGUCACAGAAACAGAUGUUGACCAGCCUAAGCCUGUACAAAAAAGGCAGGAGUUAAAGGGUUCAAAAGUUUUCACAACUUCAGAAACUGUCACUACCCAGGGUAUAACUACUGAAUACUAUGCGGAGCUUGAGGAUGAUAAGACUUCUUCAACUGCAUGGGUGAUCACAGAGCCAUCUGAAACUGCUAUUUUGGAAGAAAGUAAGGUUAUACCAACCAGAAAGAAGUCAAAGAGUCAAGAUGUUUCACCUGCUCCAGAGCCCGUGUCAGCGGCUGAAAGACCUACAUGUGUGGUUAAAGAACCUGAGAUGUCUCCAACCACAGAUUUAGUUCCAGGGCAACCUGAAAUUGCUGUUUCGGAACAAAGUGAGAUUUCACCACCCAAGCGAAAGUCAAAGAGUCCAAACCUUCCUCAAAAACACACCGACCAGCAGGUAGCAAAGAUGAAGGUAGAAAGUCAACCAUCUUGUUUGAAUUUGAGUGAGCAAACUGAAAGUAUCAGUAUGGAAGAAAUAAGACUCAUACCAUCCAGGAGGAAAUCAAAGAGUCUUGAGGUUUCCACAAUUACAGAGCGAGUGUUUCCCCUCAAUAGAAAUACUGGUGUUGAUCCUAAGGAAACAAGACAAGAACUUGAGGAGUGUCCCACAAUCCCUCUUUCACAACUUUCAGAUGCUGAAACUGCUGAUGUGGAAAAAAGUAAGAUUCUGCCACCGAGGAGAAAGUCAAAGAAUACAGAACUUCUUCUUAAACUUGCUGACACUGAAUUCCCUCAGAUAAUGGAAGGACCUAAAGGUCAAAGAUCUUCGUUGAGUUCCAGUGACCAAAAUAAAAAUGUUGUUAUCGAAGAAAUGCUUCCAUCACCCAGAAGAGAGUCAAACACUGGUGAUGUUGCCACAACUCCUGAGACAGUUGUUACAGAUGUUAGAUCACCUGAUGGAGAGGUUGAACAAAAUAAGAAAGAACUUGAUGGUCAAAAGUCUUCAACUCCAUUUGUGGCCACAGAACCAAUUAAGAGUACUGUUGUGGAAAAAGGAAAGCUUUCACCAACAAAAAGAAAGUCAAAGGCCCUGAAAGUUUCCCCAGAAUCUGCCACCAAGGAUGUUGCAGAGAUCAUAAAAGAGCCUGAUAGACAGAAUCCUUUAGAUCAAGUUGAGGCAGAAACAAAGCUCAUAGCGACCAGAAGGAAGUCAGAAGGUUUUGAUGUUAGCAUUGCUCCAGAGCCGGUGUCUGCUAUUGGUGGGACUACUGAGUGUAGGGAAGCUAGGAAAGAACUUGAAAGUGGGAAGGCUUUUUCAACUGCACAGGUAAUCAUGGGAUCAACUGAAAUUACGAUUGUGGAAGAAGCUAAGCUCACACCAGCCAUGGAAGAGCCUGGCAGUCAGCAGCCAUCUUCAACUCCACAGGUGGUCACAGCACCAGCUGAAAUUACUGUUGUGGAAAAGGGAAAGCUUUCUCCAACCAAACAAAAAUCAAAGAGUGUGAAACUUUCCCCAGAACUUGCUACCACAGACCUGACCAAGACCAUGGAGGAGCCUGGCAGUCAGCAGCCAUCAUCAAUUCCAGAGGUGGUCACAGCACCAGCUGGAAUUACUGUUGUGGAAAAGGGAAAGCUUUCUCCAACCAAACAAAAAUCAAAGGGUCUUAAACCUUCCCCAGAACUUGCUACCACAGACCUGUUAAAGACCAUGGAAGAGCCUGGCAGUCAGCAGCCAUCUUCAACUGCAGAGGAGGUCACAGCACCAGCUGAAAUUACUGUUGUGGAAAAGGGAAAGCUUUCUCCAACCAAGAGAAAGACAAAGGGUCUUAAACCUUCCCAAGAACUUGCUACCACAGACCUGACAAAGACCAAGGAAGAGCCUGACAGUCAGAAGCUAUCCUCAGCUCCAGAGGUGGUCACAACACCAUCGGAAAUUACUGUUCUGGAAAAGGGAAAGCUUUCUCCACCCAAACGAAAGACAAAGGGUCUUAAACCUUCCCCAGAACUUGCUACCACAGACCUGACAAAACCCAAGGAAGAGCCUGGCAGUCAGCAGCCAUCUUCAACUCCAGAGGUGGUCACAGCCCCAACUGAAAUUACUGUUGUGGAAAAGGGAAAGCUUUCUCCAACCAAACAAAAAUCAAAGGGUGUGAAACUUUCCCCAGAACCUGCUACCACAGACCUGAAAAAGACCUUGGAAGAGCCUGGCAGUCAGAAGCCAUCAUCAACUCCACAGGUGGUCACAGCACCAGCUGAAAUUACUGUUGUGGAAAAAGGAAAGCUUUCUCCAACCAAAAGAAAGUCAAAGAGUCCAAAGGUUUCUCCAGAGCUUUCACACAGGGAGGAAACACAGGCCAUGGAAAAGCCUGACAGUCAAGUAACUGAAGCUGCUAUUGUGGACGAAACUAAAGUUAUACCAAACAGAGGGAAGUCAAAGGAAGGUCCUGAUGGUCAGAAGCCAUCUUCAACUCCAGAGAUGGUCACAGGACUACAUGAAAUUACUGUUGUUAAAAAAGAAAAGCUGUCACCAACCAAACAAAAAUCAAAGGGUGUGAAACUUUCCCCAGAACUUGCUACCACAGACCUGUUAAAGACCAUGGAAGAGCCUGGCAGUCAGCAGCCAUCAUCAACUCCAGAGAUGGUCACAGCAACAGCUGAAAUUACUGUUGUGGAAAAGGGAAAGCUUUCUCCAACCAAGAGAAAGUCAAAGGGUCUUAAACCUUCCCCAGAAUAUGCUACCACAGACCUGUUAAAGACCAUGGAAGACCCUGGCAGUCAGCAGCCAUCUUCAACUCCACAGGUGGUCACAGCACCAGCUGAAAUUACUGUUGUGGAAAAGGGAAAGCUUUCUCCAACCAAACAAAAAUCAAAGAGUGUGAAACUUUCCCCAGAACUUGCUACCAGAGACCUGACCAAGACCUUGGAGGAGCCUGGCAGUCAGCAGCCAUCAUCAAUUCCAGAGGUGGUCACAGCACCAGCUGAAAUUACUGUUGUGGAAAAGGGAAAGCUUUCUCCAACCAAACAAAAAUCAAAGGGUCUUAAACCUUCCCCAGAACUUGCUACCACAGACCUGUUAAAGACCAUGGAAGAGCCUGGCAGUCAGCAGCCAUCUUCAACUCCAGAGGAGGUCACAGCACCAGCUGAAAUUACUGUUGUGGAAAAAGGAAAGCUUUCUCCAACCAAGAGAAAGACAAAGGGUCUUAAACCUUCCCAAGAACUUGCUACCACAGACCUGACAAAGACCAAGGAAGAGCCUGGCAGUCAGAAGCUAUCUUCAGCUCCAGAGGUGGUCACAACACCAUCGGAAAUUACUGUUGUGGAAAAGGGAAAGCUUUCUCCACCCAAACGAAAGACAAAGGGUCUUAAACCUUCCCCAGAACUUGCUACCACAGACCUGACAAAACCCAAGGAAGAGCCUGACAGUCAGAAGCCAUCUUCAACUCCAGAGGUGGUCACAGCACCAGCUGAAAUUACUGUUGUGGAAAAAGGAAAGCUUUCUCCAACCAAACAAAAAUCAAAGGGUGUGAAACUUUCCCCAGAACUUGCUACCACAGACCUGUUAAAGACCAUGGAAGAGCCUGGCAGUCAGCAGCCAUCAUCAACUCCAGAGAUGGUCACAGCAACAGCUGAAAUUACUGUUGUGGAAAAGGGAAAGCUUUCUCCAACCAAGAGAAAGUCAAAGGGUCUUAAACCUUCCCCAGAAUAUGCUACCACAGACCUGUUAAAGACCAUGGAAGACCCUGGCAGUCAGCAGCCAUCUUCAACUCCACAGGUGGUCACAGCACCAGCUGAAAUUACUGUUGUGGAAAAGGGAAAGCUUUCUCCAACCAAACAAAAAUCAAAGAGUGUGAAACUUUCCCCAGAACUUGCUACCAGAGACCUGACCAAGACCUUGGAGGAGCCUGGCAGUCAGCAGCCAUCAUCAAUUCCAGAGGUGGUCACAGCACCAGCUGAAAUUACUGUUGUGGAAAAGGGAAAGCUUUCUCCAACCAAACAAAAAUCAAAGGGUCUUAAACCUUCCCCAGAACUUGCUACCACAGACCUGUUAAAGACCAUGGAAGAGCCUGGCAGUCAGCAGCCAUCUUCAACUCCAGAGGAGGUCACAGCACCAGCUGAAAUUACUGUUGUGGAAAAAGGAAAGCUUUCUCCAACCAAGAGAAAGACAAAGGGUCUUAAACCUUCCCAAGAACUUGCUACCACAGACCUGACAAAGACCAAGGAAGAGCCUGGCAGUCAGAAGCUAUCUUCAGCUCCAGAGGUGGUCACAACACCAUCGGAAAUUACUGUUGUGGAAAAGGGAAAGCUUUCUCCACCCAAACGAAAGACAAAGGGUCUUAAACCUUCCCCAGAACUUGCUACCACAGACCUGACAAAACCCAAGGAAGAGCCUGGCAGUGAGCAGCCAUCAUCAACUCCAGAGGUGGUCACAGCCCCAACUGAAAUUACUGUUGUGGAAAAGGGAAAGCUUUCUCCAACCAAACAAAAAUCAAAGGGUGUGAAACUUUCCCCAGAACUUGCUACCAGAGACCUGAAAAAGACCUUGGAAGAGCCUGGCAGUCAGAAGCCAUCAUCAACUCCACAGGUGGUCACAGCACCAGCUGAAAUUACUGUUGUGGAAAAGGGAAAGCUUUCUCCACCCAAACGAAAGUCAAAGGGUCCUAAACUUACCCCAGAACUUGCUACCACAGACCUGACAAAACUCAAGGAAGAGCCUGACAGUCAGAAGCCAUCUAUAGCUCCAGAGGUGGUCACAGCCCCAACUGAAAUUAUUGUUGUAGAAAAGGGAAAGCUUUCUCCAACCAAGAGAAAGUCAAAGGGUCUUAAACCUUCCCCAGAACUUGCUGCCAGGGACCUGACAAAGACCAAGGAAGAGCCUGGCAGUCAGAAGCCAUCUUCAACUACAGAGGUGGUCACAACCACAACUGAAAUUACUGUUGAAGGAAAACCUUCUCCAGCAGUUUCCCAAGAACCUACUAACAAGGAGCAGAUUCAGACCAAAAAGGAACAUGACCAUCAAAAGUCACCAUUGCCUUCCACAGAGCAAAUUGAGGUUGCUGCUGCAGACGAACCUAAGCUUAUACCACCCCGAAGAAAGUCGAACAAUGUUGAAGUAUCCACAGCUCCAGAGACAGACUCUGCCCUUGAAAGACCUACUGAUGUAGAGCCUAAAGAAACUAAGAAAGAACUUGACAGUGUGAAGCCUGCCACAACUUUAGAUAUGGUCACAGGACAGCCUCAAACACAACCACAUCUCUCUUCCGAGCCUACAGACACACCAUUCAUAGCAGAUUACAUUGACAAGUUAUGGAAAAACACAGCAGAUAUUCAGAGGAGAUAUCUGGUCCUUGAUAUGCCUGACAUAGAAGUUACCCAGACACAUGAAAUAAAGCCAGUCCAGCCAGAGGCGGAGAUUGUGGCUGAAAGGGACUCCACGAAACCUACUUCUGCUGUUUUUGCAGUGGCACAGCCUCAUGAGGCAGAGGCAGAACUGGCAGAAAUAAGCUCAUCUGAGCGAGAAAUAAUGGAACUAAGCGAAUCUAUGAGUCAGCUGAAGAUCAUGGAAACCACACAGGAAAGACCCAGAGAGGACAAGGAAAUCUGUGUCCAAAAAGAAUAUGCUAAAAUUGAUGAAAUUCACAAUGUGGGAGAAGUGAAUGUUUUACAAAAGACUGCAAAGACUGGUACACACAAAUAUGAAAUCGUAACUGUCUUAAAAGAAAAAGAGCAUGAGAUGGAUAUAAACCAAUCAGGUAUCAUGAGUGAGACAGUACCAGAGAGCAAAGAUAUGGCUAUGUCUGAUGUUCAGCGAAAGAAAGUUGCAGUUGAGAUUACCGGGGUAGAAGUGGGAGAAAUCAGUACUGACAGUGUGGCUAAAAGUGAUUCCACUCAACCUACCUCUGCUGAUGAUGCAGCUGUGCAGCCACAUAAAGCAAAAACAUCAUUUGCAGAAACAAGUUUAUCUGAGCAUGACACAGAGAAACUGAGCCAAACUGUGAUCCAGUUGAAGCUGUUGAAAACCACACGGGAGGGAGAGCAAACUGAAGUGUCUACACAUGCCAUGCAAGAUUUCCCAGAAAGCCUGGGUGAAAAGUCUGUAAAAAUCCAAAUGGAGCCUGAAGUGCGCAUUCUCCAACUAGAUAUACCAACCAGUCCAGAGGAAAAUAAAAGCACAUCUAUCACAAUAGCAAAGGAGCAAAAGGUGGAUAUUGUUGAAACAAGUGUCCAACGUGAAAGGGUGCCAGGAAGUAAAGAUGUAACUACCGCUGAUGUUAAACCAGAAAAGGCUGCAGUUAAGAUGACAAAAGCACCAGAAAUCUCUGCCGAAUGUCCAGACAAUAUGGCUCAAAUGGACUCUGCUCAACCAACCUCUCCUGCCUCUGAAGCAUUGUCAUCACAUGAGACAGGGACAGAAUUUAUAAAAAUAAGCUUGUCUGAGAAAGAUAUGGUUAUACCAAGCCAGACCGAGACUCGGAUAGAGCUCUUAAGGACCAUGCAUGAACAACCCCAAGUGGUCAAGGAACAUGUCCAAGAACAGUCUCCUACACUGUUGACACAUGGCAUGGACAAAACACCCAAGAGCUUGGAUGAGAAGUCUGUUACAAUGGAGAAAAUUCACAUGGGGCCUGAAGUGCGCAUUCUGCAACUAGACAUAAAGACCACUACAGAGGAGCAUGAAAACACAACUGUCACAAGAGCAAAAGAGCCAAGAAUACAUAUUGUUCAAACAAGUAUCCAAAGUGAAAGAGUGCCAGAAAACAAAGAUAAGACUACUGCUGAUAUUAAGCCAGAGAGAGCUGCAGUUGAGGUGACUGUGUUAAAGGUGCAAGAAAGCAGUACUGAAUGUCAAGACAGUGUGGCUCAAAGGGACUCACCUCAAUCCCAUUUUGCUGUUUCUGAAUUAAUGCAACCAUGUGAGACAGAGACAGAAUUUAUAGAAAUAAGCUUAUAUGAGCCAGCACCAGAAAAACCAAACCAAACUGAAACUAAGAUAGAGCUCUUAAAACCCACACAGGACAAACCUACAGAGGUUAAGGAACAUGGGGUUCAGGAAGAACAUCCUGAAGUGGCAACACAUGGUAUGCACGAUAUACCCGAGAACCUGGAUGAAAAAUCUGUUAGAAUGGAGCGUGAGGUGCGUGUUUUACAACUUGAUAUACCAACCAGUCUUGUGGAGCAUGAAAACACAUUUGUCAUGAAGGCAAAAGAGCAGAGGGUAGAUAUAGCUAAAACCCAGUGUGAAAGAGAGUCACAAAACAAAAAUAUUACUACAGCUGAUGUUCACCCUCAGAAGGCUGCAGUGAAGACAAGAGCGGAAGUUCAACAAAUCACCGGUGAAAGGCAAGAGAAUGUGACUCCUAGUGACUCCACUCAACCCACCUCUGUUGCUUUUGCAGCAAUGGAGCUGAGUGAAGCAGAGACAACAUUUGCAGAAAUUUGCUUAUAUGAGCAAGACACUGUAAAACCAAGCGAAACUGUGAUUAAGCUAGACCUCUUGAAAACCACACAGGAAAGACCCAAAGAGGUCAAGGAUGGUGAAGUUCAAGAAGAGCAUGCUGAAGUGUCUAUGUCUACAAAAGACGUGCAUGAUGUACCCCAGAGUCUGGAUGAAAAGUCUGUUAGGGUGGAGAAACUCCACAAAGGGGCUUCAGCAUGUGUUUUACAACCAGAUACACAGGCCACUAUCAAGGAGCAUGAAAUCACAUCUGUUAAGAUCACAAAGGCGCCAAGGACUGAUAUAGAUCAAACAAGUAUCCUGUGCGAAAAAAUGCCAGAAAACAAAGACCCAACUUCCACUGGUGUUCAGUCAGAAAAGACUGCUGUUGAAACAACCAUGAUAGAAGUGAAGGUUGAGAAACAUGUCAUGGAUGAUUCACCCAAGGUCCUUAAUGAAAAGACAGAAUUAGUAGAAAUAAGCUUUUCUGAACAAGACACGGUUAAACCAAAACAAACUGAUACUCAGGUAGAACUCUUUAUAACCGCACAGGAAAGUCUCAAAGGAGUCACGGACCCUGGUGUCCAAGAAGAACGUGCACAAGUGUCGACACAUGAAAUAGAUGAUAUACCCAAGAGCCAGGAUGCAAAAUCUGGUACAAAAAGAGAAAUCCACACGAGUGUACAUGAAUACAAAACUGUCACAGAAGAGGAACCAAGGAUGGAUUCAAGUAUCGAGUUUGAGACAGUUAAAGAAAGCAAGGAUAUGACUACCACAGACGUUCAGCCUGACAAAUCUGCAGUAAAGAUGACCAGGGUAGAAGUGAAAGAGAGCCGUACUGAAUCCCUGUCUGGACUCAGUGUGUCCCAUGAAGCCCAAAUGGACAAACACACAACAGAUGCAACAGAAAAGAAAGAAGAACAGGAGGAGGAGAAGAAGAGGCCAAUUGAGGAACAAGAAAGGGAAACAAUGGUUAGAGUAGAGCUACAAAAUGUAGCCUCAGCAAGCACCACUGAUGAAGUGAGGCUUCAGGACUUUGGUUUGCCACAGGAGCAGGUGCCCAGUGCUGACAAGAUAUCACCUGCAUCACUGCAGGCGGUUCAGAAAUCGUCAACUGACAUUAUCCUGGAUGAAGUUACCCGGGUGGAAGGAUUACCUACUCAGGAAAACAAAGCAGAAGAAAGUGUUGUGAAGACUGAGAAACUCGUUCUGGGGGCACCAGAAGGCUUCGCAAUGAGGAACAUCUUCACAGAAAUACAGCUGCAUCCAGGGACGGGACCCAGCAGUCAACUCAUUGAGGGUAAAUCACUGGAGGAUGCUCCAGAGACUCUGGUUACAUCCACCAGUGAUCUGGAUGCUUCUCUAAGCAGACUGGUAUCUAAAGUGUUGAGCUUCAAGAAUCGCCCGGCUGAGCUCAGCCUGACAGCCAUGGCCCAGCAGGUGGAGGAGGUUCAGCAGUGCAGAGACACUGCCCAGGCGCAGUUGUCAUCCCUCUCCCAGCUCAGAGGAGCUGAUGGUGAGAGCCGGGACACGCUGGAGCAUGCGGAGGAUCAGUGGAGCGCCGCUGUUCGGGAUGCAGCUGCUGUGAUCCAGAAUAAAGAGGCCCAGCUGCAGCUUGUGACUGAUUACUGCAGAAACACUCAAAGUGCCAAGACCACAAUGGAGAGACAGACAGUACAACUGGACGCUGUGAAAAUGUGCCCAGAUCAGAGCAGCUCCAAGGAGGCAGAGCAACUAUACUCCUUACAAAGAAGUAUGGAGGAGAGCAGAACAGUACUCGGGGAGUUGCUUGUGACCUAUACCAAGUUGUGCCCCCAUCUCAGCCAGUCUGAGCGUGCAACCGCACAGAAUAAGCAGAGGAACCUACAAGAGAAGUGGAGAGGCCUGGAGAGAGAUGUGGAGAGGACCCUCCAUCACACAAACGUCCAUUCUCACGAGAUCGGCAGCCUUCAGUCAGAGAUAUUAGAUCUACAGGAACACUUGGAAAAAAUUGACAAAGACCUUAAAGUCAAGUCUCCUGCAGGUACUCAGUGGAAUUGCAAGAAAGCACAGCAGCUGAUGGAAGCAAAUGCUGAGGUUAAAGCUGCCAAGCAGAAAUGCAUCCAUUUGCAGCAGCUUUCAGAGACACUCCUGCAUAGCCCACGGUGGGAGAAGGAAACAAAAGAAAUCCAUCAAGGGCUCCAGACAGUCAAAGACAAGCUUAGCCACACAGAGGAACUAGUGUCCACCCAAACCCAGAGCAGCAGCAACCCCAUCAUGGAGAAAAUUAUUGUGGUGAUGAGGGAUGGCCUUGCCUGGGCUAAACAGACAGAGAGUGAUAUCGAGGGCAGGAGGAAAAGGGUGGCUGUCCUUCCUGAAGAGGUUCACCGGCAGCUCAGAGAUCUGAAGAAGCUGCAGUCUGAGGUGAUGGUCAAACAGGGCCAACUGGAGUCACUGGUGGAGGAGCUGACGGAGCUGCUUCCACAGCUGGACCAAGCUGAGGAAGUGCCCAUGGUUCGCGCUUCUUUGGAAUCCCUCGAACAAAUCUCAAAGUCCACCACUGAUAAGCUAGCCAAGGCUGUGAGAGACAUAGAGUCAGGGCUGCAGACCAGAGAAAAGCUGUCAGAGCAGAUUGCAGAUUUAGAUUCCUGGGUUGUGGCUCAUCUACACAGAGAGGCCUCCAGGAGUGCAGACAGUGAGUACAGAAGCCCCACUGAACUUGAUCGCAGAGUUCGUCAGAUGCAGGAGACACUGUCUGAGGCUGAUAAGCAGACUGCUGUCUGUGAGGCUCUUUUAAUGAAGAGUAAAGACAUUUCCUCUGAACUCAGCAUCACAGAGAACUGUCAGCUUUUUGAAAAGCUUACUAACCUCCAGGAAGACAUCAGAGCCAUCUGUAGCUGUGAGAAGGCCAACAAAAAGGAGCUGGAUGAACUCAUUAAGUCUGUAGAUUUAAACAAGAAACACCUUGUCACCAUUGAAAAAAGCUUGAGACUGAUGUUAGUGGAUCUCAACAAACACAGGUUUCCCAUCACAAGAGCGUCCCUGCAAGCUCUGGAGCCUUUCAAACACGUGAUUUUGGGGCACAAGUCCCAGGUUGACCUCCUGCAACCCUGGAUUCCCCGGGAAAAAACAAGGGAGCUGCACUCAGUCAUUUCUGAACUUUACAGCAAAAUUGUUAGCCUGGAAAUGAAAGUCACUGAUCAUGAAAGGUACCUGAACAUGAGGCAGUGUGUGGAGGACCUCAGAGAGGAUGUUCAGGAGCAGGUCCGGCAGAGUAAAGAAGACAGCAAGGAGCUGGAGGAGAAGUACGAAGUCUGUCAGACCUUACUCAUCCAGUUUCCCCUGAUGAAGUGUUUGUGUAAAGAGGCUCACACCAAACUUCAGAUAAUCUCCGCCGACCUCUACCCCUCCCAGCUGACUGUAGAACGACAGAGGCUCAAACAAAUUGAGGAGAGCCUCGACACCUUGGAGAUUACGCUCUACAACAACCUCAGCAUCAUCGAGUGGAACCUGUUGAAGGGACUGGACCUUGAAUCGGAGAAGAAAGCCACUCAGGCCUUCCUCUUGCAGACCCAGCAGGAGCUCCAGACACUCACCGUGGUGGAGCCGAAUGAAACAGUGAUCAACAAGGAAUACCAGAGAAUCAUGUCUUUGAAAAAGACUGUAGAGUCAAGAAUGAGAGCACUGGAGGUUCUAGAGCAAAAAAAGGGCAAGAAAAGAGGAAGUGGAUCCCAAGAUCUGAUGGUCUUGAAGGAUGCAGUCAUCAGUGAAUGUGACUCAAAAAUGGAAAGCAUCUCGCAGGCCAGGGAGGCUUUGAGAAGCUACACCUUUGCCGUUAAACGAGCAGUACAUUUCCUGGGGGACAUCGAGGUCUCUCUGCUGCCGCCACAGGGCCCUGUUGGUCUCUGCUCUGAAAGACUGGAGGAGACCCAGAAGGCUUUGGUUGCCCUGCAGCAGCAAUUCCAAACCCACGUGGAGCAGCUCCAGAGCCAGUUUGAUCUGCAUCCUUACCUGUCCCCUCCGAAGGUGCAGCAGCUCCUGGAAGAUAUUCUGAGCCAGCUCCUGGUGAGGAUGUCCACUCUUCAGGCAAAGGGCCAUGUCCAACUGGAGUGUCUCAGCAGGUGUGCAGAACAUCACAGAAAUUAUAUCAAGUGCCAUGAUGAAAUCACCCAGAGUAUGAAGAGUGUAGAGAGCAGCCUAUUGCAGUUAAUCUCUGAAAAAGUCAUCUGUCUCGCUGACUGCACUGACCAAGAGGCAAGGCUCAGAGCUUUGUCUGAGGAGGUGGAGUCUCUGCUGAGGCGUCUGGAGGAGCUGAAGGAGUGGUGCCCAGAGCAGAGCUGUCGUGGAGGCAGGGAGGCCGCUGUGGCUGCUGUCUGGAGAAGGGUAUCAAGACUACGGCGCUGCACACAGGAGCUGGCGACUCGUAGUAAACAGAGGAUCACAGAAUGGAGUGAUAUCACCAACAGUGUGGAAAAGGCCUCUACUGUCCUGGAGCAGGUGGAGGCGGAGCUUCCUGAAGGCUCAGGGGUGAAGGCCUCCACUGAGGAGCUUCAUGACCUGCUGCAGUCCUGGGAACAGUACCAGGACAGACUGGACUGUGAGCAUCGAUCCCUGUCUGCACUGGAACUGCGCGCUGCUAGGUUGCUGGGUGUCCCUGCCCACCUAGAGCAAGCUCCUCCCACCCCACUCUGUCAGCAGCUGCAGGCAAUGCAAGCGCGAUAUGGCAGUGUGAAGCAGAGCAGCAGGGAGGGUUUAGAGGCAUCCAGGAUGGAGCUUGAGGAGAGAGAAAAGGUUCGGGACGAACUGCAGGGCAUCCGGGUUUGGCUGGAGGCUGCAGAUGGUCUUCUGUCAGAGAUGGAGCAGAGCAACAGCACACAGGAGCUUCAGGAGGUCCACAGCCAUCUGUAUACCCAGAAGGCUUUGCUGCAGCGCAUCAUGGAGAGCCUGAAAAUGAAGUACUCUGACAUGUACACACUGGUCCCGGUUGAGAUCGAAGGCCAACUGCAGGAAGUCAAGCAGUCACUGCAACAAGUGGAAGUAAAGGUGGGACAUGCCGUGGAGAGGAGUGGGCCCGUUCACAGGCUGGGGGCAAAGCUGUCUGAGAUCCACGCUGGCCUGAGCUCAGUUCAGAAGAGACUGGAACAGAGAAGUCCUACCAUGAUUGAAGCAAAGAUCACUCAGAAGCGUGCAUGGGACGACCUGGAUGCGUGGCACUCUUGUCUGGCAGCCUUGGAGGUGGACAUGCAGGAUUUGGAGAAGCCCCAGGAGACACUGAGCCUCACAGAGAGAUUGGUGGAGGUCCAGCAGCUUCACUCCCAACUGGCCAAACAGGCCGAGCAGAGGACCACCCUCCUCAGCAAGAUUCAUACGUGGCUUCAGGAGCAUCAGGAGAUGAUCAGCAGCUCUAAGAGCUGGAUGUCUGAAGCUCAGUCGUGGCUUGCUUCCCCCUGCGCCUACACCACCGCUAAAUGUCUUAGCAGCCAUGUUCAUGCUCUGCAGAUGGUGUUGAAUGACUCAGCACAGAUCCGGACCACUCUACAGGGCUUCAGCUCGGUACUGCAGGAAAUGUCGCAGGUUUGCGACGUCACAACUCUCCAGCAACAGCUGGUUGACGCUGAUCGCCAAGUGGCCGAUGUUCAAGACAGCUUCACUGCUCCUCUGUCUCAGCUGGAGCACGCUGCUGCUGAAGUGGAGGCCAUUGAGACUGAGGUCAGACGGAUGGAGAAUGAUGUGGCUGAGAUCAAGACUUUAUUAUUGUCUCCAGAGACUUUCCCAAGCCCCAGAGAAGAAGGUCUUAAGGAGGUUGAACAAAAGAUCCAGACCAUGAGGAGAACAGUGGCGGAGAUCCAGAAGUGUAAACCAGGCCUUUGUCUUCCAGAGAAAGCUGACGAGACUCUCACUGUCUUUACUGUAGUGGACAAUCUCCAGGCUCUGCUGCUGGAAUUGGAGAAGAAAGUCCCUGCUGUGUUCAUCCAGCAGCCUCCGACUCCAAUCCAAGCCAAAGCACCGUCAGCAGAGCAAACUAUCUUUCAGUCUGAGCUCCCGAAAUCCACUUCAGAUGGGGCUGAGAAGGAAGACACAGAACAGGGCCAAAUCAAAAUUGUCCACUUCAAAGAGGACGUGCUGAAGAGAUCUGGAGCCACACUGCUGACCGUGGAGCAGUCCUCACCUGAGCUGAGACAGUCCUUGACACUCGACAGUGCUCAGCAGCGGGAGCAUCAGGGCGUGCUCCAGGCUGAAGAAGCCACAGAGAAAAAAGACAGUGAGCAGCACAGAGUGGAAGAAGGUGGAGGAGGUGUUUUGUGGUGGCUCUGGGAUGCUUUCCUGGGCGCUUCUCCAGAGGAACCUGUGGCCAUUGCCUCAGAGGAGACUGAAGCUGCCACUGGACAAAGCACUGAGCAGACUGGAGAAGAUAGACAGGAUGUUGAGGGCCCCACUGACACCACAGAAGCAAGUUCAUCUGAAGCUUUAUCAGAACCCCUGGGCACAGUCAGAACUCAGGCCCUGCCUGAGAGCAUGGAGCUCAUGCAGGGUCAGAUGGGGCUUGCAUGGAGGGGGGAUGACAGCCACCCAGAGGGGCUGAAGACAGACACAGUAUAUGCACAGAGCAGACACACACCUUCACAGGACUCACUCAUAACUGCCCAAAAUACACUCACAAAGCAGUCAUGCACACGUUGUGAGGAAACCAAAGACUUUAGAACUGUAAGAUCAGACAGCAGUGAGGUGGACAGUGGUAUGUGGUCAGUGGAGACGUCUCAAAGUCUCGAAGCACACACACCUUCACAAAUCAGUGUAACAUCAGCAGAGCGAGCAGAGGCCUCAGAGCCUCAAGUCUCCCUCACUUCCACAUUCACACCCCAGCAUCAGGACCACACUGAGGGCCUGCAUCCUGCAACAGCCUCGAAAGAGAGAAGCAGGCAGGGGAACGGUACUAGAAGUGUCAGUGUGAGAAGUAGAGUUACAUCUCAUGAUUAUUUGUUUAGAUCAGUCUCAGAGCUACAACCUGUUCAGGCACCAGAGGAGCCUCAGCCGGCCGGGUUCCAGCCUGGACCCUGCCCCAGUGAAGGUGUCCUCCAUGUCUGCCUGGAGAGGGUCAGCCAGCUGGAGCUGUGGCUGCAGAAAGCCCAGAGGAGCCUCGUAGCCGCCACAGCUGCCAGUUCAUCCACCAUGCAGGACAGUGUGGAGCAGCAGCUCCUCACCUGCCAGGAGAUGUUCCUGGAGAUUGAGCAGAAGGUGGCGAGCCUCUCGUCGCCCGGCCAGGUUGCUGACCUGCAGCAGGAGGAUGAACUGGGAGCUGUGGGAUCCCAGCAGGAGGCGGCUGAGAUACUCUCCUCCAAACUGGAGCUCCUUAAGGCCAACCUGGUCUCCUUCCAGCAGCUGCUGCAGGACAGACAGGGAGAGGAGAGGAUGGUCACACACAAAGAGCCACAGGAACAGAAGUCAGAACCUCAGGCGGAGCGCCACCUUGAGUCUAAGAUGAAGCGCAGCAGCAGCGUUCAGGAGAUCUUCUCCUCGCCAAGAAACAAACUCCUCAGACAGAGCAGCCUGCAGCAGCAGAAGGAGCUGGAGCAGGAGCUGACUGAACAGAGAGGACUGACUCAGGCCAUCGCCCGGCAGGGCAGCAGAGCUCGACUUCACAGCCAGGAGUCAGAGGACCACAGCCAGCUGUCACCGUGGUUGCCUCCUGCUGAGGCUGAUGUGGAGGAGGACUCUGCUCAGAAGAAGUGGGAUCGGCUUCACAGUCGGCUGCUGGCUCUGGAGGAGAGCUGGCUGCUUCCUCCCUCUGAGGUGACAGACUCAUCUAGGAGGCGUAGUGAUGGAACAGCAGGACGUAUGAUUGGCACACAAAACGUGAAAGAGCUUCAAACCCUAAUCAGCCAUCUGAGGGAGCUGGGAGAUUCAGCAGCAGUGCUUCAGAAUCAGGCCUCCUCUGUGGAUGGCUCCCAUCAGACACUGUACGAGGGUUUAUUUCACGUGCUGCACGGAGCAUCCUUGUCCCUGUCCUCCAUCAAUAACCUGCUGCACUCACCUGCUGGGAAGACACAUGAAGAGGAUGCAGAGAUGAGGCUGCUGCAGCUGCAGCGUCUGUCAGCAGAGCUGGCAACCCUCGGCAGUGAGCUUGCCUCGCAGGGGUCAAAGGUCACCGGUAUCCUGAGGUCAGAGUGCGGUCAGCGGUGUGUUGAUGACCUGAGCAGAGUCCUUCCUGUGGUCCAGGCUGCUCUGAGCAGCAGAGAGAGGCGCGUCAGGAACCUGCAGAAGGAGAGUGCCGACGAACAGAGACCCCUAAAAGAGUUGCAUGCAGCCUUCACCUCUAACCAGUCGACUGUUCGUCAAAUAAUUAAUGAAUUCAAUGGGACGCUGGGCCUUAAUGAACAACUACAGACUGUGAUUCAGAUGCAGGAGACUCUGCAGCAGCAGGUUGAGCAGGUAAACUCUCUGCUGGAGGAGGCUGACCAACACAACCUACCUGCUUCUCUCAUCCACCAGGCCACACAGCUGCAGGGCGAGCUGGACACAUCUCUGGGUGGUGUUCGCGACCGCUGUGAGGGACUGAGGAGUAGCGUGGAGCUGCAGCAUCAGUAUGAGCGGCUGGUCCACAGCCUGGAGGAGCUGCUCGUUCUGGGCUCUGAACGCCUCACACAGCAGCCUGACACAGAGCUCCAGAGCAGAGCUCAGCUCCAGCAGCAGCUCAGUGGUCAUACGAAGUUCUUCCAGUUCCUGGGCCAUCAUUUUAGGAUCCUGCAGUGCCUGAACUGCAGACUCCCAGAGAGCAUCCAGCGGUGGGACAGCGUAGUGAUGGGCCUGCAGGAUGAGGUGGCCGCACUGCAACAGCACGGACUGGAGGAAGGGACCAGGAUGCAGGAAACAUUACAGAUAUGGUCACAGUGGGAGGAGGACAGUGCCUGGUCAGACUCCCUGCUGAAAGAAAUUGAGACUUCAUUUCCCAAGAUGCACGAGGGGGAUGAUUCUGAGGAGAAGACAUCAGAGAAGCUCUCCGUCUACCAGAGACUUGGAGGUGCUCUGGAGGAGAACAAGGCGCGGUUCAGUCGGAUGCUGGAAGCGGGGCUACGACUGCAGAGGUCGGGCCUUAGCAGAGUGGGUGUGACCGCCACUGAGCUGGAGGCACGCAGGAGAGCUCUGAACAAGCGGGUGGAGGAUGGACGCACCACCUGCUGCAGAAAAAGGAAACUGAGAAGCAGGUUUCUCCGUGACUCUGCUGUCCUGGCAGCCUGGAUGGGCGAGGCCAGAGUGCUGAUGAAUAAAUGUAGUCAGUUCGCUGUCACGGCCAAUGAGGAGAUGGAUGUUGAACAGAGGCAUGAACAUUACCUCCAGUGUGUGGCUUUGACCAAAGAGUUGGAGGUCAGAUCUGAACUGAAGGUGGCAGUGAUUGGUGCCGGUUCCCAGCUGCUCCAGAUGAGGGAGGCAGACGGGUACUCAGAAAGAAAUCUGGAGGAUGAAGAGACUUCAGAGCCACAUCUCUGCUCCAUCCACUCCCAGCUCAGAGAGAUAGAGGUGGACUGGUCCUGUCUGUUGACUGAUGUUACCGUCGUCCAGCGAGCUCUGCAUAAGUGGUGGAUUAAGAUGGUGACCCAGCAGGAGGCGCUGCUGGAGCUGCAGUUCUGGCUUGGAGCUGCUGAAUCUAAGCUGGAGGAGAAACGCAGCAGGAUCAACCAAACAUCCUCCACAAAGACUGACUUCAUGCAGUUCCUAAAGCACUGCAAGGAGUGUCAGGUUGAGAUGUCGACCCAUCAGGCCACACUGGACUAUGUGAACCAGCCAUUGCAGACCUGUGGUACUGAGGAUGGCCAGAGGGGGAGCUACGAACACAACCAGUUUGCAGAGGACAUGGGUCAUCUCAACCAUCGGUGGCUCAGUUUACAGGAAACCCUCAACUCUCAGAUCCAGGAGCUGGAGCAGGAUUUGAGGAACAGAGCAGAGCGUGAGGCUCGACUGCAGCAGAUCAACAGCUGGAUCACAGCUCAGAGCCUCUGGAUGGACUCAGCUCAGAAAGCGAGCAGCCAGACAGAGCUGCAGAGGAGCAUCAACACCUGCCAGGGCCUCGGGGAGAAGAUCAGGCAGAAGUCUGCAGCUCUUCAGGAACUGAGAGACAAACUUUGUGGCGAAGGAGGAAACAGCAGCUGUGAUUUUAUCUCUCAGACAGAUAAAUCCAUCCGGGCCUGUGCAGCUCUCACACUACAGAAUGAGUCAAUGAGACAGAGGCUGGUUCAGGCUCAGCAGCUGUGGGACUGUGUGGACAAAAGCCUGAAUCACAUGAAGCUGAAAACAGUGAGAAUUUCCCAGAGUCUGGAUUAUGACUGCAGCCCUCAGCUCUCCCUGCAGGCGCACAGAGAUCUCCAUGAAAAGCUACAGCUUCUUCAUGAGAAGACCAAAGCUUCGGCGGCAGAGUGGGAUGAACUGAGUCAAACCGUCUCCUCCCUCAGAGACAUCGUGAGCCCUGCUGCUGUCCUCCUCACUGAGCAGCUGGAGAGACAGACAGACAGUUGGACUGAGGUGUGUGCAGCUCUGAACCAGCAGCUCCAGAGGAGCCGGGGGGUCCUGCAGGUCUGGGAGGUCUACGCCGGGCGGGCUGAGUCUUUCUCCCAGCGGCUGCAGACGCUGCAGAGUGACGUCACGUCUGCUCUGAGCGCAGCGCCCGGGGACGACAUCACCGUGGAGCAAGUCGCUGACAAGAUUCACAAUGUUCAGAGCCUCCUAGAGAGGACAGACACUUUGCAGUCCGACCUGGAGGGGGUGCUGGAUGCUUCCAAGGACUUGAUUAACCACCUGGAACCUUCAGCUGCCAGUCUUGUCCAAUCAGAGAGCAGGUUGUUGUCCCGUGGUGUCUUGCAGCUCAGCCAGACUCUGACAGGGAAGCUGGGUCAACAGAAGGAGGAGCUCAAGCGGCUGCAGGAGUUUGGGAACAUCCUGGAAUCAUUGGAGAGAAACCUGGAGGUCUGGCAGCAGCGUCUGGAGAAUGUGGCUCAGAUAGCAGAUCAGUCUGGCAUCCUGGAGCUGAGCGGCCUCUCUGCUGACCUGGAUGUGCUGAAUGAGCUGAGCUGCAGCCUGACAGUGGGUGACGCUGCAGCACGCUACCUGCAACGCCUCAACCGCCGCUGGGCCGAUACCGCCGCCAGAGCUGAGGAGGCCUGCAGUGAGCUGCAGACUGAGGCGCUGAGGCAGCAGAGCUUUGAACAGAAGUGUGAGAGCUGGAUGUCUUUCCUGCAGAGGAUGGAGGACAGUCUGGCUGUGGAUGUGGCCGGCUCUUACAUCGGCCUCAGACAGCAGCUCCGUAUACACAAGAGGUUUCAGGCAGAGCUGUCCACUGGUCACCAGAUCCUCCACUCAGUGAUCACUGAAGCUCUUCAUCUGCUGCAGAAAGGAGAGGUGGACGACAGGAGUGACUUUAUCCUGAAGUUGGCCCAGCUCAGAGAACACUGGCAAGGGGCGGUGCAGCGUGCCGACCAGCGGCGCUCCCUGGUGGAGGGGCUGGUGAAGCACUGGCACCUGUACACCCGCAGCCUGAGGAAGCUGCAGAAGUUCCUGUCGGACACGCAUACCUUCCUUCCCCCCUCCGGACCAGCCCGCUGCAGCCUGCAGCAGCUCAGACGCUCCCUGCAAGACCUCCAGCACACAGAGCUGUUGUUCCAGAGGUAUCAGUGCAGUUUCAUCCACACUCUCGAGGUCGGCCGGCAGCUCUUCUCCAUGGGGGACGAGGAGACCCAGACUCAGCUACAGACAGACCUGGGAACCCUGCAGGAGGAGUGGGACAACCUCCACAGCCUGCUGGGCCGGAGGAUGGACCUCACCGAAGCCAUCGUCAAGAACUGGGAGCGCUGCGAGGUGGGACUAGCAAACAGCAUGCUGCAGCUAAAGGAUGUGAAGACCAGACUGAACCAGUCGAUGCCUGAGUCUGACGAUGAGCUACAGAGUGUGGAGAAGUUCAACAAGGAGACCGAGGACUCCCUGGAGGACUGGGCUGAGAGCCUGACGGAGCUGAGCACCAUGAAGACGGAUCUGUCCCAGUACAUCAUCGCAGACGACGUCCUGCUGCUGCAGGAGCAGGUGGAGCACCUGCACUGCCAGUGGGAGGAACUCUGCCUCAAGGUGUCUCUGCGUAAACAGGAGAUCGCGGACCGUCUGAACGCGUGGAUCAUCUUCAAUGAGAAGAACAAGGAGCUGUGUGAAUGGCUCACGCAGAUGGAGAACAAGGUGGCGCACAACUCCGACCUCAACAUAGAGGAGAUGGUGGAGAAACUCAAGAAGGACUGUAUGGAGGAGAUCAACCUGUUCAGUGAAAAUAAAACGCACCUGAAGCAGCUCGGAGAACAACUCAUCACCGCCAGCAACAAGACAAAGGAGACGGAGAUCAAUGACAAGCUGAAGGACAUAAACGACCGCUGGCAGCAUCUGUUUGACCACAUAGAGGCCAGGGUGAGGAAGCUGAAGGAGACGCUGGUGACGGUGCAGCAGCUCGAUAAGAACAUGAGCAACCUGCGGACAUGGCUGUCUCGCAUCGAGGCGGAGCUGGCCAAGCCGGUGGUCUACAACAUCUGCCACAGCGACGAGAUCCAGAGGAAACUGGCUGAGCAGCAGGACCUGCAGCGGGACAUCGAGCAGCACACGGAGAGCGUGGCGUCUGUGCUGACGCUGUGUGACGUCCUGCUCCACGACGCCGACGCCUGUGGCAGCGACUCAGAGAAUGACUCGAUCCAGCAGACCACCCGCAGCCUGGACCGUCGCUGGAGGAACAUCUGUGCCAUGUCCAUGGAGAGGAGGAUGAGGAUCGAGGAAACGUGGCGUCUCUGGUGUAAGUUCCUGGACGACUACUCUCGCUUUGAAGACUGGCUGAAGACAGCUGAGUUCACUGCUGCCAACCCAGACUCCGCCGACGUCCUCUACACCAGCGCCAAGGAGGAGCUCAAGAAGUUCGAGGCGUUCCAGCGGCAGGUUCAUGAGCGGCUGACUCAGCUGGAGCUGGUCAACAAACAGUACCGCCGUCUGGCCCGGGAGAACCGGACCGACACCGCCAGCAAGCUCAAGGUCAUGGUCCACGAGGGGAACCAGCGGUGGGACAGCCUGCAGAGGAGGGUGGUGGCUGUGCUCCGCAGGCUCAAGCACUUUACCUCUCAGAGAGAAGACUUUGAGGGAACUCGUGAGGGGAUCCUGGUCUGGCUGACGGAGAUGGACCUGCAGCUCACCAACGUGGAGCACUUCUCUGAGAGCGACAUCGAAGACAAGAUGAGACAGCUCAACGGCUUCCAGCAGGAGAUCACCCUCAACACCAACAAGAUCGACGCCCUCAUCGUGUUCGGGGAGAACCUGAUCCAGAAGAGCGCUCCUCUGGACGCCGUGCUGAUCGAGGACGAGCUGGAGGAGCUACACUCCUACUGCCAGGAGGUGUUUGGCAGGGUGGCGCGUUUCCACCACCGCCUCGUCAACAGGCGCCCGGUGCUGGAGGAGGAGAGGGAUCUGUCAGACCGGGACACGGACCUGGAAGACUCACCCGAUCUGACCAACGGGACUUCGUGGAGAGAAACGAGGAAGAAGGAGGAGGAAGUCCCGGCUGUAGGCGGAGUCUCGGCUGGACGUCAGGCCGUGUGCCACCUGCUGGCGCCUCCUCUGGAGCGAUCAGGGAGAGAGACCCCCGUCAGCGUGGACUCCAUCCCACUGGAGUGGGACCACACUGUUGACGUGGGAGGAUCAUCGUCACACGAGGAUGAUGAGGAUGCCACCUUCUUCAGCGCUCUAUCAGAUGUGCAGGUCACAGAGAGCUCAGAGUCGUUUGUUAAAGCCACUGUCAGAGCAGUGGAAGGAGCCUCGGUGAAGUCUGACCCGCCCAGCUGGCACCAGCCCGGCUCCCCAGAGAGGAAACGAGUUCCUCGAGAAAUCGUCCGAGGCCUGAGCUCGUCUCCCACACACACCACCAGCACUCCCUUCCACCAGCAGGGCUACGUGAAGCUGAUGUCGGAGUGCAGCGGCAGCAUCAACAGUGUGAAGAGAGUCAAGCUGAUCCUGAACGAUGAGGAGGAUCUGGAGGACGCAGGUCUGACCAGCAGCACGGCCAACAGACAGACCAGCACAGGUGUGAUCCAGCGCUGGGAGCUGCUCCAGGCACAGAAGUUCAACAACGAGACGGACAUCAAGCAGGACCUGGAGCAGUGGCAGAAGCUGAACUCUGACCUCUGCGAUGUCACUUCCUGGUUGGGCCGGGUGCUGCCAGAGCUGGAGAGGCUGCAACGGAUUGCGCCAUCCACCAGCAUCCGAGACAUCGAGGUCAACAUUAGGAAACUAAAGGAGAUGCAGAAAAGCUUCAACAGCUACAAGUGUCUGAUGAUCUCCGUCAACCUGAGCAGCCGUCACUUCCUGCGGGGCGACAGUGUCGAGCUGCGGGAGCUGCAGGAAGCUCUGAGCUCAGCCAACCUCAGCUGGACGCAGGCCUGCGGCGGCCUGGAGAGCUGGGAGAGGAGGCUGCACUGCGCACUCAUGCAGUGUCAGGAGUUUCACGAGACGCUGCACUCUCUGCUGUUGUGGCUCGCUCAGGCCGAAAACAAACUCUUCGGCGUAAACGUCAGUGACCUGUUGACCUCACGCUCUGUCCUGCUGGAGCACCGGGACGCGCUGACGGAGCUGCAGGAGGAGCUGCACGGCCGUCAGCGGCAGGUGUCCUCGCUGCAGGACAUCUCCUCUCAGCUCCUCCUCGAGGCCACCGGAGAGGACAGUGUGGAGGCCAAAGAGAAGGUCCACGUCAUCGGCAACAAGCUGCAUCUCCUGCUGCGACAGGUGGCGGCUGACCUGCACGCGCUGCAGGGAAAACUGGAAACCUGCUCAACCAGCUCUGAAAUGGACAGCAUCGGUCUGGGAACACUCAGCUCUCCUCUGUUGCUGCACAAGGAGGAGGCUGGUCCACAGGCAGCUACAGUCAGACAAACGGCAACUAGAAGGGAGGAGAGGAGGGAUUCUUCCCCACACCGACCCUUCUUCUACCGGGUUCUACGAGCUGCCUUCCCUCUUCACCUGCUCUUCUUAGUGCUGCUGGUUGUGGCCUGCCUGGUGCCUCUGUCUGAAGAGCACUACAGCUGUACACUGUCUAACAACUUUGCACGCUCCUUCUACCCCAUGCUGCGUUACACCAACGGCCCUCCGCCCACGUGAAACACCGCCACGAUGCUCAGCAAAGAAAGUUUGUCUCCAGCUCUUCCUGACAAGGGAGAGGACUGAAAAAGGAACAAGCACGUAUGAGGAUGAAACCUAAAACGGACAAGUUCAAAUACACCUGCUCCCUUCCACAAAACGACGACACCUGAAGGCCUCGUGUUUUUUGACUCUAAAUUUUAUUGGUGUAUUUAAAAACAUAUUUAUUUGUGGUGCGCCACAGUAAAAGAAAAAAGAAGCCAUAUUACUGGUCUGUUUUAAGGUUGUGAUUUUUUUUUUUUUAUAUAUGUAGAUUUGCCAGUUAACGUCCCCACUGAACAUUUUCAAUAUAAAAAAGGUCAGGAUUUAUUUUGAUAUCUACAUUUUGUACGUUCACAACAGUCUGGUGUCGAGUUUGAAGGAUAAAGGACACUUAUUACCAAAGCAUCCAGAAACUGAGAGGCACACUUGCCAUUUUCUACCACUGCAGCUAUUUUUACUGUUUUUCAUAGAAGGCAGCCACUUGUUGAUGAUAGCACAUUUUAUACAGAGAUGAGCCGAGGCGUUUUUUGUUUUAUUUAGGGUUAUUUAACAUCUGUAAGCUAUAACUGUUUUUUAAAUAAUGGCAGUGACUCAUCUGCAGACAUGCCUUUCUGUAGCCAACAAAACUACUGUAUUUUAUCAGAUAACAAUGUACUUUUAAUGGCGUUAAUUAAUUUUUGUAUAUAAUGGCAAACUACUGAGAAAGAAAUAGGUAACUUAUUGCUUUUGUGUAUGAAUGUAUGUUUGAGUGGUACUGAAGCCUGUCAGAUUAAUUCAACAUGGCGUUAAAUAGUUUGAGUGCCACAAACAUACAAUAUAAAAGACUGUCCAUUGGUUAUUUUGUAAUGGCCAUAACAGGAAGUUAAAUGGCACUCCUUUUUCUCAGAUUAAAGCUGCAUGAAGCGAUUUUUGAUAUGAAGCUAUCAAUAGCUAAUCAAGUGUUUUAACUAACAUAGUAGCAUAAAAACUGCCCAUUUACAAAUGUAGCAACAUUAGCAUCCCACAGGAGACAGAUGUUCCACUUUCUUCAGAGGCUAGUGGCUAACUGUUCGUCUGCUAUUUGGUGCUGGACAGGUAGCUACACUCAGAUGAUUGACUUUGCUCUCUCGAAACAUCUGGCUAUUUAAUCAUCCUGUGUGUGUGCAGUUGUAAAUCUAAAAUUGUAAUCUAAAAGUUCUGUAUAGGUACAAAGUUGAGUUAAUUCACAUUUGAUUUUAGUCAUGCUAUCAAAAAUACCCGCUUCAUGAAGCUUUUAAAGGGAUUUGUUUUUGAUCUGGUUACGAUUAAUGCAACAAUGUAUUAAGGGGUCAACAGCACACACAUUAUGCUGCCACCUAGCUGUUAAACAAAGAAGGUGCAGCUACAUCAUCAUGUCAAGAACUCUAUAAUCUGCCCCUUUAAGAAUAAUUUGAUGUUGUUCAGAACUUACCCCGAUGAUGUCCAAAUUGGUCCCAUGACUUAAGGCCCUGCAGGUUGUUGAACAUUUAAAAAAGGUUAAAAACAAGUGAUUAUGUACAUGAGGGAUUUACAUGAAUGCUGCUUUGAAACACUUUCUUCCCUGCAGUUGAACUUAACUGGUGUCAAGAUUUCUGUGAUCAUAGACUCUGAGUAGAACAUGAAUGUAAGCGAUUCUUUGGGCACUGAAUGUAGCUGUGUACAUGCACAAUCAAAGAUCAUUAAAUGUUUCUAAUUUACAUUGUUAAUAUCUAUAUUACAGAGAGGAUUUUGUGACAUUUGAUUUAAAAGUCAGUGUUUGAUCCUUAUUUUUUGUACACGACCUCAGACUCUGCUCAGAAGGCCGACAGAACAGAAACAAACAAAAACAUUUAAAGUUUGAUUUAUUUUGUGAACACUUAUUUAUAGGAUGUAUUGAUUGUCAAUAAACUGUGUUUGCCAUGA